CAAGAAGUGCACUGGGAGCUGCUACCGUACUCUCGAGGAUCAGCUUAGCACUCGGCGGAUCUUUUUCGUGCAGGUCUGGUGAGGGUGCACAUAUACAACAGGAUUAAAGAGCAUUUUCAACACCUUCGAAUACACUGCACGGCGCGUGACUGGCGAAUAGACAGUAAGAGGAAUACCCACAUCAAGCAGCGGCAAUGGCGGUAGAAUAUGACGUAAGGGAGGACAGUGCAGAAUGCAAGGUGGCGAUUCCUCCAAAGCGUGCGAUUCUGGAUGAUGCCAUGUCCAUAUUGCCAGUGACAGCUGCGCGUGAUCCCUUCAAGGACUUCAGGGGCAAGCGGCGGAGAGAGCAGAUCAAGCUUCUUAUCUAUAGCAUAUUCCCGAUCGUGGAGUGGAUUCAGCGGUAUUCCUGGAAGCUUUUUCGAGACGACCUCAUUGCUGGCCUUACGAUUGCUAGUCUUGCUGUUCCUCAGGACCUUGCUUAUGCGAAGCUGGCCCAUCUGCCUUCAAAAUAUGGCCUGUACUCCAGUCUUGUGCCGCCAUAUGUGUACUCAGUGUUUGGCACCUCCCGGCAGCUGGCGAUUGGACCAGUCGCCGUCGUGUCGCUCCUUUUGGGUGAACUCCUGACCAAAGAGUUUAAGCCUUACUUAGACAAUAAGGGUAUUCCAACGGAUGUUGCAAAGUUCGAGAAGCAAUGGAACCCUCAGUACGUCUACUUCGCAUUCCUGGCAACGUUCUUUACCGGAUUGAUACAGCUCUCCCUCGGCAUCUUCAGAUUGGGCUUCCUUAUCGAGUACAUGAGUCAUUCCGUUGUCGUUGGAUUCAUGGGCGGAGCUGCAGUGACGAUUGCCGGGUCGCAGCUGAAGGGGCUCAUUGGUUAUAAGGAUUACACGACCAAGUCAAACAUUCAGAGCAUUGUGAACAGUAUUAUCGACCAUACUGAUCAGUUCAAAUGGGAAACGUUCGUAUUGGGAAUGGUGUUCCUCACGUAUUUGUUGAUCGCCAAGUUUAUGGCCAAGAAAAACAAAAAAUUCUUCUAUUUUGCUGCCACGGGGCCAUUGGUGUCUGUUGUACUUUCAGCGGCAUUUAUCAAGGUGACUGGGAUAAAGCGUUAUCGUGUGAAAACGGUCGGAAACUUUCCUAGUGGGCUGCCUCCAUCAUCAUUUGAACACUUCGACUGGGGUCUGACUGGAAGAGCAUUGAAAGUCGCAGCCAUCGCCGCGUUCGUUGCAUUAACAAUCGAUAUUGCGGCGAUGAAGCAGAUAUGGCAGACAGACAAGCUGGACUUUGUGGCACUCUUGGGUGCCUUCUUUGGUGUCGUAUUCAUUAGUGUGGAGGUGAGGGAGUUGAUUGUGGAGUCACUCGAGCAGGCGAAGAAGACGGAUAAUGAGCAAGCACCUGUGGAGUUUGUUGUCUUGGAGAUGUCGCCUGUUGUCGACAUUGAUGUCACCGGAAUCGUCGCUCUGGAGGACCUCAAGGCAACCCUUAAAAAUUGGAAUAUUCAGCUGGCGCUUGCAAAUCCAAACCAGACAGUUCUGGGAAAGCUGAAUCAGAGCAAAUUUAUUGAAAAGCUUGGCACAGAAUGGCUAUUUGUGAGUGCAGCUGAGGCUGAAAGGACGGUUUCACGGCUUGUAAAAGGACCGUCUGCUAUGAAUGCCGCUGCUUCUGAAAAAAAGGGUUCCAGCCUUGCAUGAGAAGAACGAGCACGACAAUGACUCAGAGUGAUUGGGAAAGGAGAGCCGAAUGCAUCUGAGGAGCUCAAGUUUGGGUUAUGAGGCCAAGCUUUGGAUGCGAAUGGAAUCUC